UCCUACUCGCCCACAUCACCCUCCUACUCUCCAACUUCGCCAUCUUAUUCUCCGACUUCACCAUCUUACUCUCCGACUUCACCAUCUUACUCUCCGACUUCACCGUCUUACUCCCCGACUUCACCGUCUUACUCGCCAACAUCCCCCAGCUAUAGCCCAACGUCCCCCAGCUACAGCCCAACCUCACCGAGUUACAGCCCCACGUCUCCAUCUUAUUCCCCAACUUCUCCAUCUUAUUCCCCGACCUCCCCGUCUUACUCUCCCACCUCUCCAAGCUACUCUCCAACCUCCCCGUCCUAUUCCCCAACAUCUCCGAGCUACAGUCCCACUUCGCCCAACUUCACACCCACCUCCCCAAGUUACUCUCCGACCUCUCCAUCUUAC